AUGGGAGGUUCCAAUUCAAGUUCACACAUCCAUUGGUUGGACCUUCCAAGUUUCUCCUGCCCAACUGAUGCGAUCAUGGACAAGGAGGUUCAGGAAACACAGCUUUUGGCCGAGGAAGGAGAUGGAAUGGAGCAGCUUGUAGCUGAGGAAGGACUUGAAGCAGAGCAGCUUGUACCUGAGGAGAGUUUAGCCAUUCCAACUGGCCCAAUCACUCGUUCAAGAACUAAGGCACUAAACCAAGCAAUUGGCAAAGUCCUUAGCGCCUUGAACCAACAAGAAACCAAGCCAACUACUCUGGUUUGCUUGAAGGCCUUAACAAUGGGAUAA